UGUUGUCCCGUACCUAUAGAACGCAUGAGAAAUAUCUACAGUCCGAUUGAAUAGACAACCGUUCCCACAAUGAUGAACAGUAGUGGGAGCAGGUUUAGAGCAAGGUUAAAAUGUUUCAAAUAAAUCGUCACUUGGUUCGUGACCGUCUAAGAAUCUCAACCGGCAUUGUUGUUGUAGUUGGCAGUCAGUACGAUCGCCGCAACUAAACGAACCAUAAUUAAUCCUAACUUAACAUGAGGUGGUUAUAUAUUAUAUACAUUUCAUUCCUGAGCGCUGUACUCUGUGAUCCAGUGGUAAGAAUCUCGAAAGGUUCUAUAAGAGGACGGACUUCAAAAUCAAGAAAUGGUCGGGAUUUCUAUUCCUUUACUAGUAUACCAUAUGCGAAGCCACCAGUUGACGAACUUAGGUUUAAGCCUCCACAACCAGUAGACUCGUGGGAUGGCAUUUUGGAUGCUACAAAAGAACCGAAUAUAUGUAUUCAAAAUAAUCAUUUCAUCUUUUUAGUCAAAGAUGUUAUAGAAGGAGAGGAAGACUGUCUAUAUUUGAAUGUUCACUCACCGAAUUUGAAUGGAAAACUGCCAGUUAUGUUUUGGAUUCACGGUGGAGGAUUUCUCGCUGGCCACAGUAGGUCUGAACUGUAUGGACCUGAUUAUUUUAUGGACAAAGAUGUCGUUUUCAUAUCUUUCAAUUACAGACUCGGUUUAUUUGGAUUUAUCAGUACUGAAGAUGACGUUAUACCAGGUAACUACGGAAUGAAAGAUCAAGUCAUGGCAUUACGCUGGGUCCAAGAAAACAUCGCUAAGUUUGGUGGUGACCCUGGACAGGUUACAGUGUUCGGUGAAAGUGCAGGAGGUGUCAGCACAGGAUAUCAUUUAUUGUCUCCGAUGAGCAAAGGUCUCUUUCAUAAAGCUAUACUCCAGAGUGGUUCACCUUUGUGUACCUGGGCUGUAGCACCACCUGGGUUAAUUCGUAAACGAACUGAAGCAGUUGCAACUCUUUCUGGAUGUCAAGCUGAUACUUCCUCAGAAAUAUUAGACUGCUUACAGAAACUUCCCGCUACUAAUCUGGUUAAAACUCAGUGUAAAUUUUUCGAGUGGAUAAAUCAUCCAAGCGUAAUGUUUCCUCCGGUUAUUGAAUCGUGUGAUUCAAAAGAGGAGGCGUUUGUAUGUAAAAAUCCAAUUACUGAUUUCAAACAAGAAUCAAUAGUGCCUACUGUGAUUGGUUUUAAUUCAGGCGAAGGAGGCAUAUUUGUAGCAGAAUUGUUUAAUGAAACAUCUUUGAGAUAUCCGGAAAUUAACACGGAUCCCGGUCGUCUGUUGUCUUAUCUGAUAAUGUACCAGCAUCUGGUACAACCCAAGUAUUUGGAGGACAUAAAAGAUAAGGUUAUGAAAAAAUAUUUCCCGUCAGGAAAAAUGGAAGAUCACUCGCAUUUGGAUGCAGUUAAUAUGAUCAGCGAAGGCGUUUUUGUUGCGGGUUCCAUGACCAUGGCUUUAAAAUUAUCUUCACCGGUCUAUUUUUAUUUGUUUGAUUACGAACAAGAGUUUUCAUUUAAUAAAGUAUACGGUCAGUGUCAGAAGCAUCUGGGAGUUAGCCACGGUGAUGAAAUGAUCAGUUUGUUCCCGUUGAAGUCAUUAAUUCCCAAAGAAUUAAACGAAAAUGAUAGUAAAGUUUCAAAACUCAUGGUUGAUAUUUGGGUAAAAUUCGCCUCAUCUAGGACACCAACUGUGGAUGGAACAGACAAUGGAUUAGCUUGGCCAGUAUUUACUACAGUUGAAGAUUCAUCUUUAUUGCACAUAGAUUCAGCUCAACCAUCAGUUAUAAAAAAUCCAUACGAGGAUAAAUUCAAAUUUUGGAGUGGAUUACCUUUAACCUCUCGUUUAAACAUAUCUAUCCCAUCUAUCUCAACAACAAAAUCUUAUGUCAAAAGUGAAUUUUAGUGUUAAAUUUUUAUUACAGGCCUAAUAUGCAUAAUUUGAUGACAAAACGGAAUGUUAAAAGUAUAGGAUUAUAAUUUAAAAUAAUUUAUGUAGAUAUUUUUAUUGUAUAAUUGAUUACUCGAUUUGAGAGGAAUGGUUUUAAA